AUGGAGAAACCUCCCCUUUCUGGCAGACUUGUCAAGUGGAUGAUGCAGCUGAGUGAGUAUAUGAUUGAAUACACUCAACCUAGGGCCAUUAAGUAUCAGGCAGUGGUGGACCACGUAACCUCUCCCUCUAAUGAUGACUUUCCCAUAUCGGAAGAAAUACCAGGAGACCUACCCAUUAUCGCGGUAACCGAAGGAAGAGAGUUGGUUUUGACUUUUGAUGGGAGUCGUACUAAUAACUCAGCCGAUGCUGGGGUUACCUUGACUUCGCCUAAUAGGCAUACCUCUGCUUACUCGUUCAAACUUCAAUUCCCCUGUUCCCAUAACAUAGCAGAAUACGAAGCCUUGGUCUUGGCUUUGAUCAAGGCAAGAGAUUCUAGAGCUAAGAAGAUCAGAGUGACUGGCGACUCUAAAUUGGUAAUUGGCCAGCUUGAUGGAAGCAUGACAAUUAAAGAGUUAAUGAUUUUUCCAUAUAGGACCUUUAUCAAGAGACUAAUCCGUGACCUGGAGAAAGCUGCAAAGAUUGGGGUGCUACUGGCCUGUGAUGAUGUUAGACGCCGCCAGGAUAUAGCACGAUUGUGA